AUGCCGGCUGCGCGGUAUAUUCCGCAGGUAAACACGUUAGAUCAAAAGUUACAGAUUCAAAGGAGGCUUGGCGUUUUGAAAUCGCGCAAGUACUUUAAUCUUCUCACGAGGUAUCUCAGUAUGAAACUUACGAAACCUGAUUUUGAUAAGCUCUGCAUAGCGAUUAUUGGGAGAGAAAAUGUACCUCUUCAUAAUCAUUUCCUCAAGUCAAUAUUGAAGAAAGCUUGUCUGUCCAAGGCAGCUCCGCCCAGGCAGAACAUAGCAGAAGGUGAUUUCAAAGUGAAAAUUCCAAAUGGGUGUAACGAGCUUCCGCCUCUAGGCAAGAACUCUCGAAAGUGUAGGACUCCAAAUUUGCAUGACCGCAGAUUUAGAGUCCAUCCUAGUCCCCCUGGUCCUCAUGGGAAGAAUGGCAGCAUUGGUUUGGAGAAUUCAACUCCUAAAAUUCAAGAGCACCAAAUGGUACAUCCUGUAGGAAAUAGCCUUCAUGUGUCUGUGGAACAUAGGGAAGAGGUUAAUCCUGAUUCUGAAAGGCUGGCCAUUAAUAGAAGGAGUCCUAUACGAUCACCUCUUGGUCCUCAUGGGAAGAACAACAGCACUGGAUUUGAGAAUUCAACUCCUAAAGUUCAAGAGCACCACAUGGAUACAGAUCUACAUCCUGUAACAAACGGGUUUCAUGGGUCCGUGGAACAUAGGGAAGAGGUUAAUCGGGAUUCUGAAGGGCUGGCCAUUAAUAGAAGGACUCCUAUGCAAGCACCUCUUGGUCCUCAUGUGAUGAACAACAGCACUGGAUUUGAGAAUUCAACUCCUAAAGUUCAAGAGCACCACAUGGAUACAGAUCUACAUCCUGUAGGAAAUGGGUUUCAUGUGUUUGUGCAACAUAAGGAAGAGGUUAUUCGGGAUUCUGAAAGGCUGGCCAUUAAUAGGAGGACUGCUAUGCAAGCGCCUCUUGGUCCAAAUGGGAAGAACAACAGCACUGGAUUUGAGAAUUCAACUCCUAAAUUUCAAGAGCACCAAAUGGAUACAGAUCUACAUCCUGUAGGAAAUGGGUUUCAUGCGUCUGUGGAACAUAGAAAAGAGGCUAUUCGGGAUUCUGUAUGGCUGGCCAUUAAUAGGAGGAUUCCUAUGCAAGCGCCUCUUGGUCCAAAUGGGAAGAACAACAGCAGCACUGGAUUUGGGAAUUCAACUCCUAAAUUUCAAGAGCACCAAAUGGAUACAGAUCUACAUCCUGGAGGAAAUGGGUUUCAUGCGUCUGUGGAACAUAAGGAAGAGGUUAUUCAGGAUUCUGCAAUGCUGGCCAUUAUUAGGAGGACUCCUAUGCAAGCACCUCUUGGUCCAAAUGGGAAGAACAACAGCACUGGAUUUGAGAAUUCAACUCCUAAAGUUCAAGAGCACCAGAUGGAUACAGAUCUACAUCCUAUAAGAAACGGGUCUCAUGUGUCUGUGGAACAUAGAAAAGAGGUUAUUCCGGUUUCUGCAAUGCUGGCCAUGAAUAUGGCUCCUAUACGAGCACCUCUUGGUCUUCAUACCUAUGAUAAUAUGGCUCCUAUACAAUCUGGUAUUGUCACUGAUACCUGUCAAAGUAUUGGUCAUUUACCUGAUACACAUUCUUUGAUGAAAAGGGUGGAGCGUAACUUGGAAACUGUGGGGUGUAACAUCUCAGAAGAUGCAGCCAAUGCAUUGAAUACUGCGCUUGAUGUUUACCUCAAAAGAAUGAUAAAACCGUGUUUGGAUACAGUGGCUUCUGUAAAUAAUUUUAGUAGUCAAAUCCAACCUGGUAUGAAUGAGUUUCCACGAAAUAGGCGUGUGCAAAAGUCAAUUGGAUCUGCUUCUGCAUCAAUCUCCGACUUUAGGACAGCAAUGGAGUUGAAUCCUACCAUACUAGGGGAAGAUUGGCCUCUACAUUUUGAGAGGACUUGCUUUCUUGAAUUUGAAAAAUGA